AAAUUUUAGGGUUAUUGAUUCAUCACCAUCUCCGGUCUGCGACUCCUCUGGCUAAAAGCCUAAACCUAGUACGAUACUCUCCCCUUAAGCCUUAAGCUGCACCGCCGCCACUGUCGCCUCCCGCCAGCUGAAUCCACUUGCUCCAAGUCCACCACCGCAGCUGAUUCUUCAGUUCUAUUAUCCCUCUGCUGCAUCUAAUACAAGUAAAAAGCUUUACAGUUUUCUUCACUUCAUUUUAUUAAGAAAUCGGAAACGAAAUGGAUAUUGACGGCAAGGGAGAUUCCAUGGAUGAGCUCAGGGGCCUCCGAAUUAGUCCUCUUGACGACGACGACGACGAAGAAGACAUCGUUUUAGAUGAAGAUGAUAAUGACGAAGAUGAUGGAGAAGAAGAAGAAGAAGAUGAAAAUGUAAUUCUUGGGUUCGUUGAAAAGCCUGAGCACAGCAGGUCACUUCUCCGUCAACAGUUUCCAAGCAAAGCGGGAGGCGUCCCAGCUUGGUUGGACCCCGAUAAUUUACCCUCAGGAAUAUCUGGUGUUUGUGACAUAUGCGGAGAACCUCUGCAAUUCCUACUCCAGGUUUAUGCUCCAUUAGUCGAAAAAGACUCCACAUUUCAUCGAACAUUAUUUGUAUUCAUGUGUCUGUCCAUGAAAUGUCUUCUCCGAGAUCAACAUGAACAAUGGAAGCGCCAUCCGGAUAAGCAAUCGAGGAGUGUGAAGGUUUUUCGUUGCCAGUUGCCUCGUACUAAUCCUUAUUAUUCAAGUAAACCCCCUGAAGGCAAUGCGGCUGACAAACCUUUAACCCCUGGAGUUCCACUCUGCAAUUGGUGUGGCACCUGGAAAGGAGAUAAGUUUUGCAGUAGUUGCAAAGUAGCACAAUAUUGCUCACAAAAACACCAGGUGAUGCACUGGCGCACGGGUCAUAAACUUGAAUGUCAACAGCUGAGUCUUUCACCUCAGUCAUCUGACCCCAGUGCAUUCCAUGGUGGAAUUGCACAAGUUAAAGCCCAAAAAGUUGCAAGCAAGAGUUUAUGGCCAGAGUAUGAGAUGAAAAAUGAACACGAAAGUGAAUAUGAUACUGAGAUGUCUGGAGAUGAGGGACAUACCGAUAAUUCAUUAAUAAUGAGGAACAGGGUUGAUGAUGCAACGAAAUCACUUAUGGAUAAUUUUGAGGGGGAUGGUGACAAAAAGAGUUGGGCUUCUUUCCAAGAGCGGAUAGCCAAGGCUCCUGAACAAGUUUUGAGAUAUUGUAGGAGUGCUGGUUCUAAGCCACUGUGGCCUAUCUUAGGUGGUCACCCUUCCAAGGCUGAUAUUCCCUUGUGCAGCUAUUGUGGUGGUCGCCUAUGUUUUGAAUUUCAGAUAUUGCCUCAGUUGCUUUAUUUCUUUGGGGUGAAGAAUGAUGCAGAUUCUCUUGACUGGGCAACGAUUGUGGUAUAUACAUGUGAAGCCUCUUGUGAAGGUGUAGGUUACAAGCAGGAAUUUGCCUGGGUACAACUUGGUACUUCUAUUAAUUGCCCUUCAUAGCCCCCCCCCCCCCC